AUGGGGGGGUGUCUGGCGUCGGUGCUGGAUAAGCGCAACCAGAUGAGCCUCGUCGACUUCCGCGAGUAUCAGGAGUACAUGCAGCGGGGGAAGCAGGCUGAGCCCGUGCCGGGGACGGAGAAGGCGAACGCCUCCGCCAUCUACCGCAUAAGCGGCACCUCCGACGAACAACACAACGAACUCGUUGAGAGCUUCUACCGUUCCGAGACGCUCUCGCAGAGAGUCUACAAUGUCUGCAUGGAGCGCGGCGAGAGGACGGCGAUGACGUACCGCGUCCUAAAAAAUACGGAGUACGUCACUUCAACCGACGCCAAUGGCAAGGAAAAGAAGCUGGAGGUGUACGUGUUUGAGCCACAGCGUCGCAACAUAAGCUAUGCGCAGCUAUGGGCAUGUAUCGAGAAUCUGGGGAAGGGAUUGACCGAAAUAGACGUUAAGAAGGGAAGUAAGGUGGCUUUGUAUGAAGAAACUAGAUGGGAAUGGUUCUGUUCUAUUCAUGCCAUUUGGUCUCGUCAAAUGGUGGCAACUACGGUGUACGCCAACUUGGGAGAAGAUGCCCUUGCGUAUGCACUUCAAGAAACCCAGUGCGAAGCUAUUAUCUGCGGCGGAAACAAAGUUGCCAAACUUGUCGAGCUGUUGAGAAAGGAGGACAUGCACGAUUCCGUCAUUAUUUAUCUUGAUAAACUUCCAGAGGGCACGGAUACUGCAGGUUAUGUUUUGUAUUCUUGGACCGAUGUGCUGAAAAAAGGUGAGGCGAGCCAGCUUCCAUGCGCGAAGCUUCCCACUUCUGAGAACUGCGACGAUCUCUCACUUAUUAUGUACACAAGCGGCACCACGGGGGCUCCGAAGGGGGUGAUGCACUCCCACGGAAGCAUUGCGGCGGGGUUCUCCGCGUUGGCGUGCCGUGUACUGGACAUUCUUGGCGAGUACAAGGAGCCAGAAACGUACUGUUCGUAUUUGCCGCUUGCCCAUGUUAUGGAGCUCGCCGUGUUGAGUAUCCUCUUCCUUCGUGGUUGUCUUAUUGGGUUUGGUAGUCCACGGACGCUGACAAAUGUGUUUGCCAAACCGCGGGGAGAUUUUGAGGAGUACCAUCCUGUGCUUGUCGCCGGCGUUCCCCGCAUUUUUGACACCAUUAAACGAGGGGUGGAGGCCAAACUCCCCCCAGCAGGCUCCUUUAAGCGUAAUGUCUUUGACCGUGCGUGCCAGUCUCGUCUCAAGGCCUUAAAAGAAGGCAAAGACACGCCGUACUAUAACGCCAAGGUUUUUGCACAGGCCCGUAAUGCAGUCGGGGGGCGUGCACGUAUGUUCUUCUCUGGCGGAGGACCCAUGAACCCCGCCACACAGGAGUUUAUGAACAUUGUGUUCGGUGUCAUGAUUCAAGGAUGGGGACUCACAGAAACCGUCUGCUGCGGUGGCGUUCAGCUUCCGGGCAACCUUGACUACGGGAGUGUUGGCCAGCCGCUCAAGUCACUGGAGCUUCGGCUACUUGACGCGGACGAAUACAAGCACACGGACAAGCCGGAACCCCGGGGGGAAAUUCUGCUGCGUGGACCCUUUCUUUUCAAGGGAUAUUAUAAGCAGGAUGAACAGACGAGGGAGGUCCUUGAUGAGGAUGGUUGGUUUCACACAGGUGAUGUGGGAGCCAUCGCGGCGAACGGUACGAUAAGCAUCGUGGGACGCAUUAAGGCGUUGGCGAAGAAUUCCAACGGUGAAUAUAUUGCUCUUGAGACAAUGGAGGCAGUCUACGGGGCAAAUUCGCUCAUUACACCUAACGGCGUGUGUGUACUGGUCCAUCCCGGCCGCAGUUAUACGGUUGCGCUGGGACUCACCACAGAGAAACUUGCAAUGGAUUUUGCCAAGGCAAAUAAAAUCCCUGGCAGUUUCCCCGCCAUUCUUGAAAGCAAGGAGUUUCGCGCGAAGGCAACACAGUCGUUUCAGGCGACGGCACGAAAGGCCAACCGCAAGAGCUUUGAGGUGGUACGCCAUGUGCGCUUGUUGGCGGAGGAAUGGACUGCCGAAAAUGACAUGUUGACGGCAGCGUUGAAGUUAAAGCGGCGCGUCAUCGACGAGCGCUACAAGGACUUAAUUGAGGAAUUAUUUGCCGAGGAUUUGUAG